UGAUCUUCAUAUCUAACUACAUUCAUCACCAUGAAACCUAUCAUCAAGCACAGCUUUUCCUCCGCUGGGUCCCUCAAGGGAGGUUGCCAUAAAGAUACCCAUUCUCCAAAGAGUUCAAGUCAUUAUUCUUCAUCUCACCAUGGAGCAUCCAGCUUCUCCCAUCAUGGAGGAUUCCACAAAGCCCUUACUGGGGCUUCCCAUUUCUCCCACAAAAGCCAUCACGGGGGUUCCAACCUUUCUUAUCAUGGAAGCUCUCAUAAGAUUCAUCAUGGAGGAUCCCACAUAUCUCAUCAUGGAAGCUCUCACAAGAUCCAUCAUGGAGGAUCAAACAUGUCCCAUCAUGGAAGCUAUCACAGCACACAUGGAGGGUCAGGUUGUAAAGGUGUCUCCUUUUCUAAGCAUGCGCCUACCACUCAUGGUGGUGUACAUGGGGGUCAUAGUGCUCACUAUAGCAGCUCUGGAUCCCAUGGCAGCUGGAAGAACAGUGGUCUGCUGAGCAUCAAUGAAAAAGAAACCAUGCAAUUUCUAAACGAGCGAUUGUCUUCCUACCUUGGAAGGGUGAGCUCUUUAGAACAGGAGAAUGCCCAGCUGGAGAGGAAGAUCUGUGAAUGGUAUGAAAACAACGCUCCUAGCACCUUCUCUGACUCCAGUUACUUCUUCAGAAUCAUUUCUGAUCUCCAGAAUCAGAUCUCUUCAGCCACCAUGGAAAAUGCCAGGAUUAUUCUGCAGAUAGACAAUGCCCGACUGGCCGCCGAUGACUUCAAAAACAAAUACGAGAUGGAACUUCAGUUGAGUAAUGAUGCUGAAGCUGAUGUCAAUAGCCUACGUAGAGUUCUGGAGGGUCUGAACCAAGAGGCGUGCGAGUUGGAGAGGGAGGUUCAGAGCCUUCAAGGAGAACUGCAACAAAUGAGGAGGAACCAUGAUGAGGAAGUAAACUGGCUGCGUGCUCAGCUGGGGGCCAGAGUAAAUGUGGAAAUGAAUGCUGCGCCAUCCAUAGACUUGAACAAAGCUUUAUCGGAAAUCCGAGACCAAUACGAAAAUCUAAUGGAAAGAAACCUACGGGAAGUGGAAAACAUGUUUCUGCAAAGGAGCGAAGAACUGAACCGCCAGGUGAUAUCAGGCGCAGAGCAGCUCCAAUCCGUACAGACUGAGGUCAUCGAGCUGAGACGCACUAUCCAAACCCUUGAGAUCGAGCUGCAGAGCCAGCUGAGCAUGACUUCAGCUCUGGAGAACACCUUGGCAGAGACUGAAGCCACUUACGGCUCUCAGCUCGCCCAGAUACAAGGUAUGAUCGACAAUGUGGAAUCUCAGCUGGCCCAGAUCCGAUCUGACCUGGAGAGACAGAACUACGAGUACAAGAUGCUCAUGGACCAGAAGACCCACCUGGAGAUGGAGAUUGCCACCUACAAACGUCUUCUUGAUGGCCAUGACAUCCAUGUUUCAGAGUUCCAUACUUCUGGUGGGAAACACGGAUCUCACCACCCAAAGAUGCAUCACAUCCCAGCACAUGGGCAUAAAAACUCAUGCUAAGGAAACGUGAAUCUUCGGAAACAUGUCAAGCCAAGAAAAUUGAAGAAAUAAAUUAUUUGCCGAUCUCCGUAGAUACGAUUUGUCCUAUAACUGUCUAAAGCUCCAUUUGGAAUGUCCAAAUUAUCCCUGCUUUAUCUUAUUCUAUAAUCGCUUCUCUUAGCAAACACAAAGAUGGUUUGGUAUGUGAUAAUUCCAAUGGUUUCUGGGAAGAACAUUUGAUGAAAUCUGCCCAUUGUUUCCUGCAUCUUUACUAUGAAAGGAAACGGCUUAAUAUUUACAUAAUUUACAUUUUAGAGAAGACAUUCACUACUUUUGUGCAAUUAUUUAAGUUCCACAACCUGAACCUGUAUGUCAAGCCAGUAGAUGUUGAAAGUCAAUGUCUCCCACUAGAGUAUGAAACCAUUGUGUUUUUUUGUGACCUCAGGUCAUUGUUGCUUUGUUCAUUUUUUAUGGACUUGUGCAUCACAGAAAUGAUGGACUUCGGACUGUGUUGUCAAACUAUUUCUUGCCAUCUUAUUCUAGCCCUGCUUGGAAGGAAUCUUUGCUGUAACAACCCAAUGAUUUCUUUAAUAAACAUUUAAUUCUAAAAAAA